AUGAGGCUCCUCCCUGGCCUCCUGUUUCUGACCUGGCUGCACACAUGCCUGGCCCACCACAACCCCUCCCUUAGGGGGCACCUCCACACUCACGGGACCCCACGCUGCUACUCGGCUGAGGAACUGCCUGGAGGCCAGGCCCCCCCACACCUGCUGGCUCGAGGUGCCAAGUGGGGGCAGGCUUUGCCUGUAGCCCUGGUGUCCAGCCUGGAGGCAGCAGGCCACCAGAGGAAGUAUGAGGGGUCCUCGGCUGCAACCCAGUGCCCGGUGCUGCGUCCAGAGGAGCUGUUGGAGGCGGACACCCACCAGCGCUCCAUCUCACCCUGGAGAUACCGCGUGGACACGGACGGGGACCGCUACCCGCAGAAGCUGGCCUUCGCCGAGUGCCUAUGCGGAGGCUGCAUUGACGCCCGGACAGGCCGAGAGACAGCUGCGCUCAACUCCGUGCGACUUCUCCAGAGCCUGCUGGUGCUGCGCCGCCAGCCCUGCUCCCUCCAUGGCGUGGGACCCCCGACCCCCGGGGCCUUCGCCUUCCACGCUGAGUUCAUCCGCGUGCCCGUCGGCUGCACCUGUGUGCUUCCUCGGUCAGUGUGA